AUGAAAUACCCUAAGUUGAUUGUACAAUUAACACAAUCAUUGGCUAAUUUGCUCAACUGUCUUAUUGAUUGUAAGAAAUUAAUUGAAAAGUUUACAAAAAGAUCAAGUUUAAUUCGUGCACUGACUAGCAGUACCUUUAUUGAAGAAUUCAGUGAUUUAAAUAAUCGUCUAUGUCAAUAUGGUAUUGAUUUAAGUUCAAGUGUUAAUAUAACUGGUAUAUUUGGUAAAAAAUAUAAUGAAAGUGAUCAACAAGUACACAUCGAUCGAAAACAAGAUUUGUUACCACUGCAGCAUAUCACGCAACCAUUAGAAACGAAAUCUUGUUCCUCAAACAAUUCAGAUUUAAAAGGUGUCACUCUGCCAUCGUACGAGAAUUACAUCGGAUUUGAGACUUUUAUAUUCGAUGAGGUAUCGCCACGUUCACCCUCAUAUCGUCUUUAUCCCAAGAUUUAUUCCGUGGAGAAUUAA